UUUUAUCUAAUUUCUCGGUUGCUUUCUUGCGAGGAAGCUCUGCGGUUCGGCUUCUCUCCGUCGGUCGAUACGUGUAUCCCACGCAUUCCGCCACGGUUUGCGCCCGUCCAGGAUCUACUAUAUGGCUGGUGCUGGCGCUCAGCACUGAGUAAUCCCCUCCUCGAUGGACGAGGGUUCCGAUUCAAAAGCCCCUCGGCGUAAGAGGGUUUCUAGAGCCUGUGAUAGGUGUCGGAGUAAAAAGGAUAAAUGCGAUGGCGUUCGGCCAGCGUGCUCUGCCUGCCAGGCGUCCGGUCAGAUCUGCUCGUACGAUCCCCAUGCGAAGAAGCGUGGUCUUCCGGAAGGCUAUGUGCGCGGUUUAGAGAAGCUGUGGGCGUUGUCGCUGUGCAACAUCGAGGGCUUGGAAGACACCAUGCUGGCCAUGUUGGGCACAACGACCGAGUCGGCGGGGCGCAGGAACCGGUUGAUGCGUCUGUGGGCGAACGAGGCGGCCUCCGAGAGUCUGCACGACUCGUGGAAGACCAGCCGUCUGUUUGGCGCCUUGGAGAAGAUGCUGUCCGCCGCCUCGGUCGCCUCGCCCUCGACCGGCAAACGCACCCGCGACGAGCUCGACGACGUCUCCACGGGGGCCCCGGGUGAAUGGGGGUUCAAUGUCUGCCGGACCUUGACGCCGCUGGGUCCCGGAGCACCCAGGGUGCUGGAACCCUUCGCCUCGCCUCCUCCAGCGGCCAAGAAAGCGCGCCUGGCAGGCCCGUCCGACAGCCGUUUGAUCCUGCGUGGCGGCAUGGGCGGCAGCAGUACCGCCGCCGGGGGUUCGCAUCCGUUACAACUGCCCCCUCAGACUUCACAGCUGCUUGACCUCUACUUCGCCAUGACCCACUCCUGGUUCCCCGUCGUGGCCAAGCACAACAUCCUGCGCGCAUCCUAUCUCUACACCAACGCCUCGUUUUCCGUCGCCCAUGCCUCUCCCGGCUCGGGUGACCACGCGGCCUUGUGGGCCAUCCUGAGCUACACCAUCGCCCAGGCCCGUGGGACGAUCAUGGCCGGUUCCUUCGACCUGCUCGCCAAGACCAGGGAGUACUACUCCAUCGCCCGGAACCUGAUUCCUUCGGAGAAGGAGAGGUAUGAGCUGGGUCAUGUCCAGGCGCUGCUUCUGUUGACCCUCGUCAAUAUUGGCCUGGAGGACUGGACCGCCGCCUGGCUGUUGAGCGGCCAGGCGGUGCGCAUGGCCAUUGCCAUGGAACUCGGCACCUUUACCGACACGCGACGAUCCGAAGAGCUGAGGCAGGGCAAGACCGUCUUUCUGGGCUGUUUUGUCAUCGACUCGCUUCUUUCCUUCCGUCUCGCCCGCUGUCCGAGCAUGCGCCCCAAGGAUAUCAUGACCGUCGGUCUCUUGGAAGAGGAUGGACUCGAGGAGUGGAACUCGUGGACUGAUGUCUUGCCUCAACUCAACCCUCCGCCGGGCAAGAAUCCACCGCGACGAGGUCCCCUGCUGGCCCUGAGUUGCUUCAACCGUCUCGUCGAACUGGCCAGUGUACUCAACAAGAUCGCGCGCGAUUCCUCGACGGGACUCGACGCCAAUACCUUUUCGCAGCAACUCCUACUGGAACUCAAACAGUGGGACGAUCGACUACCCCUGGGAUGUCGGCUGAUUGGACCAGAGAGCAUCUUUCCCGAGCGACACUCGGCUCUGUUGCCCCAUCAGAGCUAUCUGGCUCUCACGUACUGUGCCGCCCUCAUGUGUCUCUACGUACGCUUGUCAUCACAUGAGUUGAGUCUCCAUCGCUCACAGCGCCCGGCGAUCGAAGGCGCCAAGAAGCUCCUUUUCCGAGCCCUGAUGAUGCUGUCGCAACAUUUGGAGAACUUUAAGAUGUACGGUCUACCACCGGUAUUUGAAUUCUCCCUCCGCACGAUCGCCGAGCAGGCUGUCUCGCUGCGGAAGAAUGUCGAAUCCGAUUCCUUCCCCUUUGCACGCUGGUCGGAAGCGUUGUUGCAGAAAACCAACGAGCUUGGCACGGAAUGGCCUGUCUAUCAUUCCCUCAACCUGGCCAUCGAUCGUUGGUGGCAGCCCCAAGCCCCCGUUGCCGCAAUGGUACCGCAGGUAAUAGACGAACGAAUCCCGCGAGUUGGUGGCCGUUUCCCCGGCGAUCCCGUGGCCGCAUCGGUGAUGUCUCACCACCGGGGGAUGGAGAGUGAGAUGACAAUCCAUCCCUCCGGUCCAGCAAGCAGUCUAUUAUCGGACAGCAAAGCCGACUCCGACUACGCCGCUUCGAUCAUGGGCAUCAGCAUUCCGGUCGAUGGGCAGUAUAUGACGCCCAAAGACACAGCCAUGGAGAAUGCAGACAUCCCCAUGUUGGGCCCGCCGUCGCUUCAACAACAACAACAACAACAACAACAACAACAACAACAAACCCUGGAGGGAGCAUCCACGCCGACGUUCCUCGACAAAUUCGCGGCUCGCAGCGGCGGACCCGAAGGCUCGAUCCCCCCCUCGAAUAGCCAUCCGCACCCUCCCACGCCCGAGUCCUCCGCCUCCAACACCAUGAUGCCGGGGCCUUCUUCUGUCCAUCCUGGAGAUGGGGUGAUGAUGCCCGGCGGAGUUUCGACCGCACCGGGAGCCCUUGCCGCAACCGCCGAUAUCGACACCAUCUUCAAAGACCUGGCCUAUCUAGAUACCACCGAGUGGGCGAACACCCGAGAAGCAAGCUUGCGCGACUUUGGAUUCAUCGACGACAAUACGUUCCAUGCUUUCUGCAACGACCCGGAUCGACUUGUGGGUUCACAGCCGUUGGUACAUCCCCCGUCCAUUGCGGACAUUUGGCCCCCUCCAGGCUUUUUUCCAGAAACGUUCCAAGAGACGCCCGAAGAGCCAAUGGUCGGUUGAGCUUCAGGCAUUGCGCAACGACUCAACCUGGUGAUCUACAUGAAUACUAGAAGUUCCAGAAACUGGAAGUUCCAUCUUCAAGAUUCAUGAACCCCAAUUCUCCAAUGGAGGUCUGCCCAGAUGCUCACGCAUCUGGCUGGUGUCUUUGACCGAAGGCCCUACUACAAUCCACAGGCCAGAUCCCACAGAAGGUUUCACAACAGAUUCCUGGAUCUGCCUCUUGACACCAUUUCCGUGUUCCAUACUAUAUACUAGGUAUAUAUGUACAUCACGCCCUGCACGCCCUGCAGAGCAUGGCUGAGGACCAGUCUCUUUAAGCCUCGGUGCUCCUAGAGUGCCAUUAAAUACCCUAUAUAGCCAUCAAUGACAUAUCAUAGAUUAUACUGC